CAUGGGUUAAUAUAAGUCUCUCCAUCAUCCCUCCCCAUCACAGCUUGAUUUCUUAAAAAAUGGGACUUAUUACCAUAGAUCUUUACUUCUACUCCUCCCUCUUCAUCAUCUCCAUCAUCCUGUUGAUCAAACAAAUCACCAAAAGUUCUCAAAAGAGUAGCACAAUAACAAGUUGCAAACUGCCACCAGGACCAUGGCAACUUCCCAUUAUAGGUAGCUUACACCACCUACUCAGUGUCAAUGGUGGCUCUUUACCACACCACAAGCUCGCCCAGUUAGCAAAAGAACAUGGACCACUGAUGUACCUCAAACUCGGCCAAUUCUCAACCAUUGUUGUGUCCUCACGUGAGGUUGCCAAAGAGAUAUUUAAGACCCAUGAUGUUUGUGUUUCUGAUAGGCCUUCAAUUGCCUCCGCGGACGCUGUCACUUAUGGUGCCAAAGAAGUCAUCUUUGGACGCUACGGUGAUAAUUGGAGACAACUCAAGAAGAUAUGUGUGCUGGAGUUGUUGAGCCAGAAACGAGUCCAGUCAUUCAAAUCUAUAAGAGAAAAUGAAGUAUUCAACCUCAUGCUCACCGUUCAAAACCACUACUCAUCCUCGUCGCCGGUGAACAUCACUGAAGAACUUUAUUCACUGGCAAACAACGUGAUCACUAGGGCCGUGAUUGGUGACCGGUGCAAGAACCAGAAGAGAUUUUUGGAGGUGGUGGAGGAGGUGGUUGAGUUAGUAACUGGGUUUGAUCUGGCUGACCUUUUCCCAUCUUUAACAUGGUUAACUUGGCUGGCUGGAAACACUCGCAAGAUUAAAAAGAAUCAACGAGAGUUGGACGAGUUUCUUGAUGCCAUCCUGCGAGACCAUGAGGAUGAGAGACACACAGAGACUGAUAAGGAUUUAGUAGAUGUUCUUUUGAGAAUCAAGGAUGAAGAUGGUGAUCUUCACUCUCCCCUCACUAGAGAAGGCAUCAAAGCUGUCAUGUUUGACAUACUUGCGGCUGGGAGUGACACAUCAUGGAACGUGAUGGAGUGGGUGAUGUCGGAGCUGAUGAAGAACCCGGAGGUGAUGAAGAAGGUGCAGUUAGAGUUGAGGGAGGUGCUACAAGGGAAAACAAAGGUGAAUGAAGAAGACUUAAGUGGUCUUAAAUACUUGAAACUGGUCAUCAAAGAGACUCUGAGAAUGCACCCACCUUUGACACUGUUGCUUCCCAGAGAAUGCAGAGAAGCGUUUGAGAUUAUGGGAUACCAUAUUCCGGUAGGAACCAGGGUGUUAGUGAAUGCAUGGGCUCUUGCUAGAGAUCCAGAGUACUGGGAUGAGCCUCUUGUGUUCAAGCCUGAGAGGUUUGAAGGGAGCGGCAUUAAUUACAAUGGGCAUUGUUUUGAGUACAUACCAUUUGGGGCUGGGAGGAGGAUGUGUCCUGGGAUGGCGUUUGGGUUGGCUACCAUAGAGUUUGCAUUGGCUCAGUUGCUCUACCACUUUGAUUGGAAGCUUCCCAAUGGAUUGCAGCCUCAGGACCUGGACAUGUGCGAGUCCUUUGGAGUGACUGCUCGUAGGACGUCCAGUCUACUCUUGCAGCCCAUUCCACGUAUACCCUGUUCAUCAAUCUAAUAUGAUAUUGCCUGUAUAUAUAUACAGGCAUACAUACAUACGUACAUACAUAGUACUUGAACUUGGUGUGCCAAUAAUCAAUGCUUGGAUAAUUAAUUAGUUUGCAAUUGCAUGAUGUGUCCCUAUAUAUACAUAUAUAAAUAAAAGUCUUGAGGAACUUGUAAGUUUUGGCUAACUCAUGUAUGUAUAUUUAGACUUGUUAAAAGAGUUCAGAAACAGGGCGAGUCUCAGAACAGAGGAUUGAA